AUGGCUAGCGACGAAUUAAUAUGGACCAUUUUGGACAAAUCGUUUUGUUCUUUUAAAAACAAGGCAACCGAUCAACACAUGUGCACCAAUCCUAUGAAUGUGGAUGGUCAAUGCCGAAUGGUUUUUUGUCCUCUUGCAAACAGCAAAUAUUCAACAGUUGUGGAAAAGAAAGGACGUUUAUAUUUGUGUAUCAAAACUCCAGAACGAAUGCACCUUCCCAGCAAGAUGUGGGAAAAGAUUCUCAUCUCCGAUAAUUAUCAACAAGCCUUGAAAGAUAUUGAUUAUCAUUUGCAAUGGUGGGAUCAUCAAAAGAUUAACCGAGUCAAGAAGAGAUUUACUAAAUUAUAUUUGGUGUUGAGAAGAAUGAGACAAAUUAGAAGUAAAGUUCAACACAAGAUCAAGACAGUGAAUAGAGCUGUUGAGAAGCGAUUAGAAAAGAGAGAAAAGAGAGCAGAACAAGUGGCUCGAAUUGAACACACCAUUGAACGAGAAUUGUUGGAGCGAUUGAGAAAUGGUGUGUAUGGAGACUUGUACAAGAAGAAGAUUAAGCAAGACGAAAAGAAAAAAGAAACAGAACAGGAAGAUGAAAUUGAGGUGGAGUUGGAAGCUGCAUCCGAUGACGAUGAGGAUGCCUUCUAUCCAGACUCUUUAAACAAGUUUGAAAUUGAAGAAGAAAAUGAACAGGAUAUUGAAGACAUUUAUGCUGAUUUGGAAGCAGCAAGCGACGAUGACAAUACCAGUGUCGCCAGUUUUGGAUCUACAGCUUCACAAGCAGACAUGGAAGAUUUACUGAGGGAUCUCCAAGACGCUGACAUUAAGAAGAGAAAGCGUGAACAAGCAAGAUCCAACACAAAGAAGAUUCGAUAUAACUAUGAGAGCGAAUACGAACGAGUCUCCUCAUCCAGCACUCAACAACAUUAA